ACCUUAAACAGAUGUUUUUGCAGUUGUGUGUCAAUUUCCGAUGUGAUGACGCAAGAGGUGAACCUAUACCCCUACCUAUUCCUUACAGCAGUUCAGUGCAGGGGUUGCGCCGAGAGAAGAGGCAAGACGAAACAUGAAGUUUGUGGUCUAUCUUUUUUGUUUGGUCCUUCUGACCUCACUUACGGCAGAUGCUUCUCCAGUCAUCAAAGAGAGCUUUGCCAAACAGCUUCUUCGCACCAAGAGACAGGAGCGUCCCAUGAAGGCUGGACACCCUGAUGAGCCUAUGCGGGAACACAUGUUGCAUAUGCAGCGACUGGAGCAGAGGGCCCGUGAGACCAACCUGGAGCACUGGCUCAACCCCAACUGCUUCCCACGCUGUGACCGCAACUACGGCUACCAGGUCUAACCAUCUCUCACGGUGAAAGACUGAUUGUGAUAUUCAUGACGACUGUAACGCUAAGGGGAUGACGGUGAGAGGAGAGAAGCAAGGCAGAAGCUAUCUUGCUCACUCCAUGCCUCAUUCAUUGAGAUGUCCGCUGAAGGGCCUCUACGGGGAAUUUGCAAUCCUUAAAUAAAGACUUUUGUUAAAUCAGCUUAUGCCAUCUUUAGCCUAGAGUACUUGUAGAAUUGUAUCGGCUCUCUUGACGCCACAAUAGACCUUCAAGCAAAUUGUGAUGGAUCUGAUUUUGAAAAAGUAAACUUUGUAUGGUUAUAAAUAAAAAAAAAGCAUGUUGGAAAACAAA